AUAAGCUCAAAAGCGGUUUGUUACAUAUAGAUACUCGUACGAAGUUAAGCGUGGGCAACAGCGUUCACACGCACACAGGCACACACAAACACACAUAUACGCUCCAACCGCGCUCCACUCCAAAUAAUUCACGCUUGCCUAUCCAAACGCUUACAAAGCGCCAAGCAACAGUAUAUUGUAUACCUACGGAUCAUGUAUAUAACAUUUUUGUUGUUACUGCAUGCGCAUUUGGCUCUAGGUGCGAGUGACGAUACGACAUCGGCGUGGCCAAGCAUAUCUGGCUUACACAGUGAAGUCAAGCAUGGCUCGGCACGGCAGCUGCUGGGUUCUAGUUUUAUGCGCGACAGCAUUGCGCUCCAACAACAACACAAGCCGCAGCACCUCUUCCGCUCUGGCGCUGGUGUCGUCGGCGGCGGCGGUGGUGUUAUAUCGCGCAAGCAAAAUCAGAAGCCGCAGGAGUCACACGAUCAACAUCAUAUAAACGAAAAUGACGAGGACAGCUUCCAUCCCUCUGAUUUCCCUCCGCAUGAACAUCCCGAUGACGAGUACUUCGGCCAAUAUGCGCCCGAACUCUACACCACGGAGUCACAGCAGGCGCCGCAUGAAGCGAAUUCUGCAUCGCAAAAUAAUGGCGGCGGCGCUGGUCUUUAUGGUGAACCACCGCGUCACCGUGAUAUUGGCGCACGCAGCGGCAGCAGUCGCACAGAUCUCUAUGGUGUGCGCGAAUCCGGUGAUCGGCGUGAAAUGACGCGCGGACGCGAGGGUUACAUGAAUAUGUUGCACAACAAGGAGAAAGUGUUUCGGCCGCAUGUUUCGUUGGUGCACGACGAGCCGCGUCUGCUGAGUCCCAAUGACGGUUACGCGCAUACCUGCCAGAAUAUGUGCGGCGAAAUGCAAUGGCAAUGUCCUACAACAUGUACCUGUAUUGAUCAGCAUGCGCGCUGCGACAAGAAUACGGACUGCGAGGAUGGCGCCGAUGAGUUCGAUUGUGAAGUGAUCGGCGAUAUGCUGCACAAAUUGCAAAAGGAUUGCGAACAAACGGGCAUGCAUGUGAUGUGUCCGCGCACAUAUCGUUGCAUUAACAAGGAGUGGCUGUGCGACGGCGACGAUGAUUGUGGCGAUUAUUCGGAUGAGACGCAUUGCGGUGCGCGUACCAAUUGCACUGACGAGGAGCAAUUCGAGUGUCAGAAUGGCUUUUGUAUACCCAAACAGUGGGUGUGCGAUGGCGAAAACGACUGCAAGGAUUUCUCCGAUGAGGCGCAUUGCAAUCGGACGAGUUGCUCUCCCGAACACUUCACCUGCAAUGACGGCUACUGCAUUUCGAUCGCCUUCCGCUGCGAUGGUGAGCGCGACUGCAAUGACAACUCGGAUGAGCUAAAGUGUCCGGCGGUCUUCAAUCGCUGUCCGGAAGGUGAAUUCAAGUGCCGUGGCGGUCAUGGCGGUCCCAGCGGUCAAUGCAUUUUGAAUCGCUUUCACUGCGAUGGUGACAACGACUGCGGCGAUUGGAGUGAUGAAGAGGACUGCCCGCAGAAGCCCUCCGAAUGCACUUCCAAUGAGUACAAGUGUGCGGAUGGCAGUUGCAUACCUCGACGCUGGAAAUGCGAUAAGGAACAAGAUUGCGAAGGUGGCGAAGAUGAGCACGACUGCGGCAGUAUGAUCGCCGGACUGCCGGCGAAGUGUGGAUCGGACGAGUUUACGUGCAACAACGGACGUUGUAUAUUGAAUACCUGGCUCUGUGAUGGCUAUCCCGAUUGCUCCUCCGGCGAAGAUGAGGUUGAAUGCCGUCUACAAUGUGAUGCUGGUCAAUUCUUGUGUCCCGCCAAAAAGAAUUUCACGAAUUUGAAAAUCUGCGUGCAUCAGAAACACGUCUGUGAUGGGCAGAAUGACUGUCCGUUCGGAGAGGAUGAGGUGAACUGUCCCCAUCCGCGCACAUGCGGCGAGAAAUCACGCUGCGAGCAAUUGUGUAUUACCACCGCGAAGGGGCGUGAGGAGUGCGCCUGCAAUCUUGGCUUUCUUAUGCACGAGAAUCGCCGAAAUUGCACUGAUAUCGACGAAU